CUUAUUUGUUAGAAUUGUUCGAUCGUUCUUAACCGUAGCGUCACGCUCACGGUUUUAUUAUUUUGUGCAUGGCUUCUUCUUUAGCGGCCAUUUUGUCUAAGUUUUAAACAUUUAAUGUACGUUAUAAGAUUAAAAUAAAACAAAUGCCAAUUGUGACUGCUUAAUAAUAAUUCAUAAUGCAAUCUGGUAGCGGAACCAAAAACCCGCCAUGGGCUCGAUCCAACGUGAACACAAACAUGACCGGCAUGAAUCCCCAGAUAAUGGAUCCAAAUGCCGCAAUGAUGUCACAACAAGGUAUGAUGCCUUUUCAGCAAACCCAGGCAGUAUUUAAUCCAAGCAUGAUACAAGCGCAAGGAGGUAUGGCAAUGCCAAUGGCGGGACAAAUGCCAAUGAAUCAAAUGGCUCAAGGUCAAAUGUAUCCUGGAAAUGUUGUAGCUUAUCCUACACCCCGCGCUAUGAAUCCAAAUAUAUAUCAAAACAAUGCGCCUAAUCAGGCACAACAAUCAAAUGAACAGCGUGUAUUUACUGGUACAGUAACAAAGACUCACAACGACUUUGGUUUCGUUGAUCAUGAUGUAUUUUAUCAAACUUCUGUGUGUGCUAAAGGUGCAAUACCUAAAGUAAAUGACAGGGUACUAGUAGAAGCGUCUUACAAUCCUAAUAUGCCAUUUAAAUGGAAUGCAACUCGCGUUCAAGUUUUACCUAAAGGUGGCCCAAACCAAAAAGUUAACCCACCGAAAUCUAACACAUACAACGCUGUCCCACCCCCAUCUAAUAAAAAAUCUAUGUUAUCUCGCCGUGACGACCGUAGGGAUGAUAGAACCGCUCGUAGAGAUGACAGAAAGCGAUCUCGGACAAGAAGUCGGUCACGAUCACGGGAUCGACGUGACAGCCGUAAUCGCAGAGACUCUCCUCCUCGUAAACGACCAAUUAUCCAUCAGCCUUCACCAAUAAAAUAUGUUGUUCGAGUGCCUAGGAUACCUCUUGAUGUCCAAAAGAUUGAUGUUCCCACGCUUUCACAGAGAUAUACAAAUCUUUAUAUACCAUCUGACUUUUUCAAUGCAUAUGUAAAAUGGGGAGAAACUUUUCCUCCCCAAGCACCAUUUUCUAUAAAUAACCCUUGUGCAUACCACAUCAUGAGUAGAGAAGUGCCUAAUCCGAAUGCUAAUGAUGCUACUCUAGAACCACCAGAUGCAGACUAUAGAUUUUCAGCGAAGGUGAUGUUAAUCAGUAUGCCGACCUUGGAAAGCUUAUAUCAAAAAUGUGGACUCACAAAAGUUGAUGAAAAAGACAAACGUGCAAGCAAAACACCUUUACAUCCCACUCGAUUGAUUAAAUUCCUUGUUGGACAAAAGGGUAAAGGAGGAGAAAAUUUUGCUAUAGGUGGACCUUGGAGUCCUUCUCUUGAUGGAGAUAAUCCUGAAUCUGAUCCUGGAGUAUUAGUUAAAACAGCCAUUCGUACUUGCAAGGCAUUAACAGGCAUCGACUUAUCAAAUUGUACUCAAUGGUACCGAAUGGUGGAGUUUUACUACUGGCGCGAGGGCAGCGGCGGAAAAUCGAGACUCGAGUGUGUGGUGUUGUUCCUGCCAGAUGUGUGGUCCGCUCAGCCGUCGCGUAUCGAGUGGACGACGGUCCAGGAGCGGUAUAAGGCGGCGAGCGACGCGGCGCUGCGGCGGCUGGCCGGCGAGGACGAGUGCGAGCCCGCGCCCGCGCCGCCCGCCGGGAAGGCUGACAAAUCCCAAAUUGAGAUCGACGGCAAUGACAGUACGAUAACGAUUGAUGAAAAUGAUGACGAUGAGGAUGGCAAACCCGAGCCGACGCAUUACUCCAAAAUUGAUCUAAGGACGAUUAAAGUCGACCAACUAAGGCAAGAACUUCGAGCUCGAAAUGUUAGUUGUAAAGGUUUACGAUCACAAUUAGUUUCACGAUUAUCAAAACUUAUAAAAGCAGAAGAGGAAAAAGAAUCUAAAAGUGAUGAUGUUAUGGAAGUUGAGGAUGAUGAGCCAGAGGAAAAAAAAGAAACUGAAGAAGAACAUAUUGAAAUUAAAGACGAUAAGACUGAACCAAGUAGAGAAGAAGAAGCCCCAGUUGUCAUACCAGAUGAGAGUGAAGAAAAAAGUGAUAAGAAGGACAAAGACGAUGUAGAUAAAAAUAAGAAUAAAGAAGACAAAAAAGAGAAUAAAGAAAAAAGUGAAGAGAAAAAAGAAAAACCUAAAACAGAGAAGGAAACAGAUGAAGAAAAGAAAAAGAUAGAGAAAGAGAAGCAAGUCCUUAAGACCAAAUAUGAAAUGCCUAAUACCCCACACAUAAUUGUACACCCAUCAUCCUCUGCCAAAGGUGGAAAAUUUAGCUGCAAUGUUGCUACACUAUCACUUUUGCUGGACUAUCGUAUUACCGACAACAAGGAACACAGCUUCGAGUUAUUUGUAUUUGCUGAAUUGUUUAAUGAGAUGUUAAUGCGAGAUUUUGGCUUUUACGUCUACAAAACACUUUAUACAUUGCCCGAAAAAGCCGAAGACGUGAAAGAAAAGGACAAAAGUGUUGAGAAAUCUGAGAAGAAAGAAGAAAAAAAAGCCGAGCCUGAGAAAAAAGAGGAGAAAAAAGACGACAAAGAAAAGAAAGAUGACAAACGUGAUUUGCGUAAACGCGACAGGCGGGAUUCUCACAGCGACGACGAGCGCAGCAGCUCGCCUCGGCGCCGCAGCCGCGGUGUGGAGCUGCCACCGGACCCCUACCUGUUGCUGUCGCUCGUGUACUUCGACACGGCCCGCGGAGGCACCAUCACCCGCAAGGACUUGCAGAACCUCUUCAUGAGCCUCGGCCUGCAGCUCUCCAGGUCGCAGAUACGAAGUAUACUCGAGAAAGUCUGCAUCCGAGACAACUUCAGUUACAAGUCUCUCAUUCAAGCAAUUAAAGAUUUAGCAGCAGGAACACCAGAAGCCAUACAAGACUUGCCACUAGACAGUACUGUAGUAAACAAUGAAGUACCUGCGCAUAUUACUGAAUUAGAAGCUACAAUAGCUUCAGGCAAUCGAGAACUCCUACCGGUAUUUAACAAAGAUAACAACGAAGGUCAAACAUCUUCUGCAACCAAAGACGUCAGUGAUAGUGGCAUAGUGACGUACAAAUCGCGCGUGGUGGACGUGGGCGCGCUGGUGGCGGGCGCGGCGCGCUGGGCGGGCGAGCGCGCGCGGCUGGAGUCGGCGCUGGCGGACGCGGCCAGCGCGCUGCGCGCCGCGCGCGCCGCCGCCGCCUGCACGCAGCGCGCCGAGCGCGGCGCGCAGGUGCAGCUCAACGACGUGUGCGCCGCGCUGGCCGCCGCGCGCGCGCGCAUCGCCUCGCUCACGGCUAGCUCGAAAAUAUUCCAUUCUGCUCUUAAAAGCAUACAGUCAAAAGUUGAAGCGGUCGUGAACAUUAAAUAUGAGGACGAUGACGUUGUUGAAGUUUUCAAUGGACCAUCGAAGUUGGAAAAGGAAGAAAAGGAUAAAGAUAAAGUUGAAGAGAAACCUUCAGCAAAAUCUCCAGAAACUGAUAGCAAUAACACUGAAGAUAAUUCUGGUAGUAAAGAGAAACCAAAAGACAGUAAAGAAAGUGACAUAAUCGGUACAGAAAACAUGGAUCUCGACGACAAAUAAUACGAGAAAGUCAAGGAACUCAUCAGAAAUGCCUUUAAAAUAUUUACUAACAUGUAACAUGAAAGCAAUAAUAACAAUUUAUUAUUAAAGAUUGUAAUUUUAUUUACUUUUUUAUCAAAACUUUAAAAAAGUAAAUUAACAAAAAUAAGAAAUCAACAGAUAUUGGUAAAUAAAAAUAAAUAUAAUUUAUUCAUUAUAAUAUUCUUGUCAGUGUGAAUAUUAAGUCUCUUAUACCUCUUAUAUGUCACACACAUAUAUAUGUAUAUGAGAUGUCUUCCUGUUAAGCCUGAUGCGUAAUGCAUGUGAGACUACUAUGCUGUGUAUGGAGAAUAAUCUUAUGUUAUCAUUGUAUUUUUGACGAUGUGUAAUUGAAUUGCAUUUUGAGUAAUCCAAUUGUUUUGGUGGCCAUAAAAAUGUCACAUUACAAA